UUGGGUAACUCAGAGUUAACUUUCACCGAGGUCUCUGCAGUGUAACUGCUUGUUUCUGGCUCCGGAAGAAAAGAACAGGAGUUCGAGUCACUAGCAUGCCCAGACCGCGAACCAGGAAAAAGGGGUUUUCUAUCUGUAAGGUCAGUGUCACCUGUGAGAAGUGCUUCGACAGGGCCGUGUUUUUCAAACCAGAGUCCGCUGGCCCUCUGCAUCAGCACCAUCAGAGAUGCUAGUUUAAAAAACGCAGGAACCAGGAAUCUGCAUUUUCCAGCUCGGGGCCGACGCGGCUGAAGAACGAGACCCUUCCAGUGAGCUGGCUUUCAGUCUGCAGCCGGUUUCCCCACGACCCGCUCGCUUCCGGUUGGCGCCCUAACGUCAUCAGGCAGCGCCGGAAGUACCCUUGCGCUGCCUAGGAGACAGGACGCGGGCUCGGCUGCUGACAGGGCCGGGCCGGCCGCGCCCACCCGGUCGCCAUGGAGCUGCCUCCAGGGCCGCGCGAUGAUCCCUGCGCCUGGGACGAUGACUCGGAGCCGGAGCCGGAGCCUGACCCCGACGCACAGGCCGAGGCUUACGUGGCCCGCGUGCUCAGUCCUCCGAAAUUCGGGCUGGCGCCCCCGCGCGCCCCUCCGCUGCCUGCGCCCGCUGUGUCCCUUGGCGCUCUGGAGCCGCGGGCCGCGUCCAAGGGCCCGGCGGUGGCGGUUCCGGGCCUGCUGAGCCUUCCUCCGGAGCUACUGCUCGAGAUAUGCGCCUACCUGGACGCGCGCCUCGUGCUCCACGUCCUGCCGCGCGUGUGCCACGCGCUGCGCGACCUCGUGCGUGACCAUGUCACCUGGAGGCUACGCGCGCAGCGCCGCGUACGCGCGCCCUACCCAGUGGUGGAAGAGGAGGACUUUGACUGGCCAGCAGCCUGCAUUGAGCUGGAGCAGCACCUGUCGCGCUGGGCAGAGGAUGGGCGCAGGACUGAGUACUUCUGCCUGGCCGAUGGGCACUUUGCUUCCAUUGACUCAGUGCUGCUGCUCCAGGGUGGGACACUCUGCCUGUCAGGCUCCCGAGAUCGCAAUGUCAACCUGUGGGACCUGCAACAGCUGGGGGUGGAGCCCAGCCGGGUUCUGGUCAAGGCCCUGGGCACCCAGAAGAACAGCACUCACAAGGGCUGGGUGUGGUCACUGGCAGCGCUGGACCACCGAGUGUGCUCUGGUUCCUGGGACAGCACCGUGAAGCUCUGGGACAUGGCGGCUGAUGGGCAGCAGUUUGGCGAGAUAAAGGCCAAGGCAGCUGUGCUGUGCCUGUCCUACCGGCCUGAUAUCCUGGUGACUGGCACCUAUGACAAGAAGGUGACCGUCUACGACCCCAGAGUCGGCCCGGCCCUGCUGAAGAGCCGGCGGCUGCACUCAAGCGCGGUGCUGGCGCUGCUGGCGGACGACCGGCACAUCAUUUCAGGCAGUGAGGACCACACGCUGGUGGUGUUUGACCGCCGAGCCAACAGCGUCCUACAGCGGCUGCAGCUGGACUCCUACCUGCUCUGCAUGUCUUACCAGGAGCCUCAGCUCUGGGCCGGCGAUAACCAGGGUCUGCUGCAUGUCUUCGCCAACCGGGAUGGCUGCUUCCAGCUCGUCAGGUCCUUUGAUGUGGGCCACAGGUCUCAGAUCACAGGGAUCAAACACUCCCUGGGGGCCUUGUACACCACGUCCACCGACAAGACCAUCCGGGUGCACGUGCCCACAGACCCACCAAGGACCAUCUGCACUCGAAGCCACCACAACGUGCUGAAUGGGAUCUGCGCUGAGGGCAACCUGGUGGUGGCCGCCUCUGGGGGCCUGUCGCUGGAGGUCUGGAGGCUGCAGGCCUGAGCAGGCAGAUGCGGAUGUGGAUCUGCCGGCUGGCAGGCUGGGCUGGGGCCUCCAUUCUCAGGGGGGACCUUCCCCCACGCUGGUGCUGCCUUUGCCCCGCCCCCACAGGACUAGGGCACAAGGAGUCCUGGCCAUGGUGGGUGGGUGGGUGGGGGUCCCUGGGCUGGGCCCCAUGCCAGGGGAGGGGAGGUUUGUGUUUCGGCCAACCCAGGGGGCUGCUCCCCACCCUCGGGCCCUUGUUUUUGUUAUGAUUUGGAUGCCUGCUCUCCCUGGAGAGCAAAGGAGAAAUAAACCUGAUGUACUGGU